CCUCUCUGUGCCUUUGUUAAUUGAACCAAACAUAAUUAAUGUUAAUUUGAUAAUAAUUAAAAUAAUAAAAAAUAAACCAAAUUAACAAAGGCACAGAAAGGCCGCAGGGAUUUUUAGGUGCAGAAGAUUUGGACUCGCUAUAUCCAGGCCGUCCCAUGUUUGUCUCAUGGUUGGAUUGGAAGAAUUGUUGGAAGUGUUUGAUUUUGUUUUCUGCUCUUCACCCUUUAUCCCUUUUCUUUUCCGUGUUUAUUUUUAUUGUUGGCAUAUCCGUGAUUUGUUUCAGGAACCCAGAAAGCACCACUAGAGGUUGUUGAUCUCCUUAUGCAGACAAAUUUAUAUGAUAUGGCAUUUACAGUUCUUCUAAGAUUCUUAAAAGGUUCAGAGUUGAAGAGGGGAAUGGAACGAGUUUUCUCUGCCAUGUCACUGAGAUGCUGUUCACAUAGAGUUGAUUCUUCAUGGGUUAGGAAUGAACACAGAUCACGUGGUCUUCUGUUGACUUCAUCAAUGGCUGAUGUGGCUGUUCAUGGUUCACCUGAUGUGGGUUCUACAAAUGAACAAUUUAAGGGAAUCAGUCACUGGGGAACUCUUGAGCUUUACCUUGACAAGUAUAAAGUGUUCCAUGCCAGUUUACCACUAAUUGUUGCUGAAACUCUUCUUCGUACGGAUCCUCAAAUUGAAUUGCCUCUUUGGCUGGUAAAGAUGUUCAAGGAUGGUAGAAAGGACAAGACUUGGGGCAUGACCGGCCAAGGAUCAAAUCCAGCAUUAUUAUUCCAACUAUAUGUUGAUUACGGUCGAUACAGAGAAGCUACAAUUUUUUUGCUCGAGUACAUAGGAUUGUUUGCAUCAAUGAGGCCGGCUGACAUAAUCAAGCGUAAAAGACCACUUGGAGUCUGGUUUCCAUACACAGGAAUUCAGCGUCUGUGGUGCCAACUUGAGGAAUUGAUCAGUUCGGGCCACAUGGUAGAUGAAUGUAACAAGCUCAAGAAUUUAUUAUGUGGAGCUUUGCUGAGCCAUCUCGAACUGGUGAAAGUAGACUAGGAAGAUGCGGUUUCUGCUUUAAGUUGAGAGAUUUCCGAUUGCCCAACAAGAUGGAUGGACACACUUUGAAUUCAACCUUGAAGUUGAGCAUCAGCUGCAGUAUAAUAUGCAUGAUUUGUUACCAGACAAUGAUACGAAGUUACAGUGGUUUUUGAAA